GCUCAACAACCCGUUCCUGCCGCAGACCAGUCGCCUCCAGCCCAAGCGCGAGCCGUCGCCGGUGUCCGGGCCUGCGCAGCUCUCUGGGCUGUCCGGCAAGUGCUUCAGCCUGGUGGAGUCCACGUACAAGUACGAGCUCUGCCUGUUCCACAACGUGACGCAGCACGAGCAGACCUUCCGCUGGAACGCGUACAGCGGGGUCCUCGGCAUCUGGCAGGAGUGGGAGAUCGCCAACAACACCUUCGUGGCCAUGUGGAUGAGGGAUGGCGACUCCUGCCGUUCUCGGAGCCGGCAGAGCAAGGUGGAACUGACCUGCGGGAAACACAACCGACUGGCCCACGUGUCGGAGCCCAGCACCUGUGUCUACGCCCUGACCUUUGAGACCCCCCUCGUCUGCCACCCCCACUCCUUGUUAGUGUACCCGGUCCUGCCAGAGCCCUUGCAACGGCGCUGGGACCAGCUGGAGCAGGACCUGGCGGACGAGCUAAUCACCCCCCAGGGCUACGAGAAGCUGUUGAGGGCGCUCUUUGAGGACGCUGGCUAUUUGAAGACCCCAGGAGAGAAGGAGCCUGCCCAGCAGGAAGGUGACCCUAAGGGCCAAGGGCUGGAGACCCUGGAGAACUGCAGAAAGGCACAUGAGGAGCUGUCCAAGGAGACCAGGCGGCUGAAGAGUCUGCUGAGCCAGCACGGCAUCCUCUACACUAGCCCCACAGAAACCCUUAGCUCUGAACCCGUGGGCCACAGGGCACCCCCAGCCGGGAUCCCAGAGCAGCCACGUGCCGAGCCAGGGCUGCGUGCGACUGUGUGACCUGGAGUUGGCAGCCGAGCAGCACGAGAAGCAGAACCUCGGUGUCCAGUGUACGACAGCCGUGGCCAUCUGGUACUGGCAGGCCACUCUCAGGGACUAGAGGCUAGUCUUUGUCGUGCUCAGAAUUUUAAUGAGUUCUCAUAUUGACAAAAAUAAUUCCAUGAAUUCUGUAAAGCACUCCAUAAAUGUCAUAGUGUAAAAACUUUAA